CACAUGCAUAUACACACAAAUAUAAAUAUAUAUAUAUAUGUAUAGAGACACAUAUCAAGGGAAAAUCAAGUGAAAAGUGCUAGAGUGCAAAGUGCAAAGUACCAAAAGACGAAAAACCAACAACCAAUCCAAGACGAAAGAAAGUCACCGCCAAAAAAAAAGGAAGAAAAAGAAGAUAGACAGACAGUCAGUCAGUCAGAUAGAAAGAAAGUUGUAAGCAGCUCCAGCUGCAACUCCUGCUACAUAACGGAGGAAGAAGGAACGUAACGAAAUGGCCAAAUUAGUGACUUAUAUCUUUAUCGUUAGCUCCCUGGUACUUUGGUAUCUGCUACUCUUUGGCAGCAUCGGAGGUGUGGAGGCCACCAAUGGCCAUGGCAGUCAGUUGGAAGGACGUGACUUUCAUCAUCAUGGCGGCAGUCAUCACAUACGCCGCAACAUCAAUCACUGUUGGCGUCGCUACGAUGGCUACAAUCUACAGAACACCAUUGUGAAUAAAAAGGAGCAAUUGAAGAAACCGUAUGGCAUUUUGUGCAACUUCAAGUGCACUUGGUUCUUUACAAUUAGUUUUCCCACAUGCGAAUUUAUUUAUGAUUAUAAGCUGUCUUGUGUGCUAUUCACUUCACUGCCCGACUGUACCAAUGUCAAGUGUACGCUCUUAAAUUAUUUCAACUAAAUAUACAUUAUUUCAACUAUA